UCACGUUUCUCGCACUACAUGCUCGGAUUCGCAGAAACUGUGCACACCCAAGAAGCGAUGCCGAUAAGACAGGCUAUGCAACUAUAUUCAGUGCUGCAAAUGCCACCAUCUGUGAGGGAGCGUGCCACCAGGGCUGCAUCCCUCAUGGAGACUCUCCCGUACCUGACAAGCAUAAAGACGGUGUCCACUGGAGCUCUCGAACUUUUCCGAUAUGACUGGGCGGAGGAAUUCACGGAACUAGCAGACGAAAUCACUAGAUCGAUGAAACACGAUAUUCAGCAUAGGGCGAAACUCGUCGCCGGUCUGGAAUUCACCAAAGCAGCGUCUGAUGCGGUUCGGCUGGCGAUUGUUAUACUAACGAAAGGCAAACUCCAGAUACGGAACCAGAUCGUUAUUCUUGUCCCAUUCCUACUUUCUAGAGACGCAUUCGGAAAGGCUCUGCCGUAUGUUCCUGAGGAGGUCAAGAGAAUCUACCAGUCUCUGCAGGCUUUUCAUGGUGUAAACGCUGCCUUCCACCUGAGUCAUAAGGGGGAGCACCUGUGUACACUAGAGCUGCAGCUUGACUUUGUCACUCUAGCCUUUGGCAAUUUCGAUCUCGAAUCCUCUACCGCGACUCCGGUCCUUCUGUGGGUACAUCCCGCGUCACCAGCAGAAGGAGAAGCUGAAGACUGCACUAAGAGUCGUGGACAUUCAAGAUAGCUAGCCUAUGGAAAAGGUAGAAAACAGAUUGAUGCUUGCAGAUGUUUCCGGAUCUUGCAUGAGUAUAUCGUUUACAAAUGACGAUGGCGUUUCCAAGACACGCUGUCCUGACAGAGCUGUGGGUGGGCGGAAUAUAGAAGUACUGUCUGCAUGCCCCUCUUCGAACAGAGGACGGAAAUUUUCGCUUGAUUCUUGCGCUCGCUUGUCAAGAUUCGGACCUAUAUACUAAGUACAGGUCACAUGACCUCUGAACAGGUCACGUGAGGCCACACAGUCUCAUAUUGAG